AUGUUAAAACCAAACUCUCCACAAGAUUUAGUGUUUGAUACAGUUCGUUAUAAAUAUGCCGAGGAACAUGUCUCAAUGAUUGCUUUUGAGGUCCUUUAUGAAGAAAUAGAAAUAGAAUAG